AUGGUGAAUACUCGAAAGGGUUCGUAUAUGGUGAAAUCGUUCGAAGAUGAACCUGAAGCUCAAAUUUCGUCGUCUUUUGUACAAAAGGUUGCUGUUGAAAUGCCUACUGAUCCUUCAGUGUCUGUUCAUUCUCAGGAAAGCUCGUCAACUGAAAGAGUGUUUGUUUCUACUCCGUCACUUCCCUCUGAACCGAAUGUUGCCCAUGCAUCUAUUCCUGGUGAUGUUUCUGCUGCACCUGAAGUUAGAACUAAUGUUCAUAAUGAUAAGGAUGAGUUGGAUCCUCAUAAUCCUAACAUUCAUUUUGAAGAAGUUCCUGCCGCUGCUGAUAAUAACCCAACUGUUCCACCUGCUUCUCCUGAAAUCCUUGUGGCAUCACAGCCAGCAAAGAGAAAAUCUCAACAAAAUCGACGUAAUAUAACUACCAAAACUGGCAGAAAGAAGAUUCCUCCUAAUAUUUCAUCUGUUCCAAUCGAUGGAAUAUCCAUUCAUCACGAGGAGAAUGUUCAACGUUGGAAGUUUGUGGUCCAACGGAGGUUAGCAGAUGAGCUUAUUAGGGAGUUUAUAGUCAACUUGCCUGAUGAAUUUAAUGAUCCUAGUAGCCUGGAUUAUCAGACCGUUCAUAUGAAGGGUUUCAAAUUUGUAAUUUCUCCUACUGUGAUAAACAGUUUUCUAGGAAAUGUUGUUGCUCUUGACUGUUCUCCGUCAUCUCCUUCAACUGAAGUUUUGGCUUCUAUUUUAUCUGGUGGGACUCUGUCUUCGUGGCCUGUCAAUGGGAUACCUGCAGUUGCUCUGAGUGUCAAAUAUGCAAUCCUGUAUAAGAUCGGUAUUGCCAAUUGGUUCCCAUCAUCCUAUGCCUCCAGUGUAUCUGCUGCCUUAGGGACUUUCUUAUAUCGAAUUUGUAAUGACGACAAGAUUCCAAUUGCUCUCCCACGGUUCUUUUCUAGUAUGCUCCUUCAUUUGAAUGCUGCUGUGGUAACUACAUCUAAUGCUCCUGGACCUAAUCCUAAAACAUUGUCCCUCAGCUACAGACUUUUUCAAGGCAGUCAUGUACCUAAUAUUAAUCAUGAUGUGCAUCCUUCUCCAGGACUGUGCAUCUUCGAUAGAAGUGACUGGGAUGAGUUUGUUGAUGGCUUCUUUGUUGAUCGAGAGUUAGCUUCUAGAAUUGUUAAUUCACUUACCGCUGAAUCUCGAGCUCUGUCUAAUUCCAUCAAUCUGUUGUCUGAACGACGACUAGAAGUUGACUCUCUCAUUCGUCAUUUGAAGACUUUUGCACCGUCUACCAGUCAAAGGUAUCAUGGAUCUGAUUGA